UCUCCCGCCUCGAACACGCUGCCGAGGCUGAGGCAUAGCCCAGGAGCUCCCCCACACCUGCCAGCUGCUGCAGGAGGAGUGAGAAGGACCCCACCUCGAGUACUGCUCCCCCCGAGACUAUUUUUGCCCGAUGUUCACAGAGAUACGCAGACACAGGCCCAGUGAGGUCAGCUCAUUUUCCUGAGAGGCUCUGGCAGCGGCGCGUACCGCGUGUGCGGUGCCCAGCUCUCCGUGCAUGCAUUUCGCCAGCCGGGCAGCAAACGAAGUGGUGCUGUCGGGGCGGCGGAGGAGGAGGAGGCGGAGGACAGCACGGAUGAUGGACGCGUCCCCGAGAUAGCCGCCGCCAUGAGCCAGCCGCCUGCAGGGGGCGCCGCCGCCGAGCCGCGCCUGCAUCCCGAGGGCAGCAGCGGCAGGAAGCAGCCGCGAGCAUCCUCGCCGGCCCGGGCCCGCGACACCGCCCCGCGCCCGCCGCCGGCCGCCGCCGCCUCCCGCGCCCCGCCCGCCGCUGCUGCCGCCGCCGCCAAAGCCGCCUCGGCGCGGCCGCUGCAGGGCCAGGCCCCCCGAGCCGCCCGCGGUCGUGCCGCCGACAGACCGCCGCGGGGAGCUGUCCAGCCCGGCGCCGGUGCUGAACCCCCUCCCGCCGCCGCCGCCGGGAGAGGAGCCGCCGCCGAGGAGCCGCUGCCGCCGCCCGGCGCCGCCGAGGAGGCGCCCCCUGCAGGGGCCGGCGGGGGCGAGCGGGAGGGGGCGGCGGCGCCGCCGCCCAAGCAGUGGCGGGGGAAAGCGGGGCGGUCCCCGCUGAAGGGCGCGGGGGAGGCGGCCCCGGCGCCUCCAUCUUCCUCGGGUGCGGGGAAGGGCCGCGGUGCGGCGGCGGGUGGCGGCGGGUACUGGAAGGAGGGAUGCCUGCAAAGUGAGCUCAUCCAGUUCCACCUCAGGAAAGGGCUGGCGGCGGCCGCCCAGAUGCAAACCAAGGUCAGCAAUCACAGCAGCAGCAGCGGCAGUGCUUCCUCCGCCGCCUCCGCGGCCGCCGCCCCAGCCGAGCCUCCCCCGGCCGCCUCCGCCUCCUCGCCCGCUGCCAUGGCGGCGGCCGGGGCGGAGGGGCUGCGACAGGGCGAGGCGGGAGGCGACGGCAGGAGCGGCGGCCCCGAAGGCGCCUUGAGCCCGCAGCUGCAGGAGGAGAUGCAGGAAGAGAUGGAGAAGCUGCGGGAAGAGAACGAGAGCCUCAAGAAUGAGAUAGAUGAGCUGAGAACAGAGAUGGACGAGAUGAGGGACAGUUUCUUUGAGGAGGAUGCUUGUCAGCUUCAAGAAAUGCGCCACGAACUGGAGCGGGCCAACAAGAACUGCCGGAUCCUUCAAUACCGGCUGCGCAAGGCUGAGCGCAAGAGGCUUCGCUAUGCCCAGACCGGCGAGAUUGACAACGAGCUCAUACGCAGCAUGGAGCAGGACCUCAAGGUUGCAAAAGAUGUAUCAGUGAGACUUCAUCAUGAGUUAGAAAACGUGGAAGAAAAACGUACUAUAACAGAAGACGAAAAUGAAAAAUUAAGACAGCAGCUUAUAGAAGUUGAAAUUGCCAAACAAGCACUACAGAAUGAACUGGAAAAAAUGAAAGAGCAAUCACUGAAAAGGAGAGGGAGCAAAGACCUUCCAAAAUCAGAAAAAAAGUCACAGCAGACACCAACAGAGGAGGACAAUGAAGACCUGAAAUGCCAGCUACAGUUUGUCAAAGAAGAAGCAGCCUUGAUGAGGAAGAAAAUGGCUAAAAUAGAUAAAGAGAAAGACAGAUUUGAACAUGAGCUGCAAAAAUACAGAUCAUUUUAUGGGGAUUUGGACAGUCCCUUGCCAAAAGGUGAAGCAGGUGGGCCACCUACCACAAGAGAAGCUGAACUCAAGCUUCGAUUGAGACUUGUGGAGGAGGAAGCUAACAUUCUUGGGAGGAAAAUAGUGGAACUAGAAGUAGAAAAUAGAGGACUGAAAGCGGAGCUUGAUGAUUUAAGAGGAGAUGAUUUCUCAGGGACCACUAACCCACUCCUGGGAGAGCAGAGUGAAUCCCUGUCAGAAUUGCGACAGCAUUUGCAGCUAGUAGAAGAUGAAACAGAAUUGCUGAGGAGAAAUGUAGCUGAUUUGGAAGAACAAAACAAGCGCAUAACAGCUGAGCUGAACAAAUACAAGUACAAGUCUGGGGCCCAUGAGAGCUCUAGGCACCAUGACAAUGCCAAGACAGAAGCAUUACAGGAGGAGCUAAAAGCUGCACGAAUGCAGAUCAACGAGCUGAGUGGCAAAGUCAUGCAACUCCAGUAUGAGAACAGAGUCUUAAUGUCCAACAUGCAGCGCUAUGACUUGGCCUCUCAUCUUGGGAUCCGUGGCAGUCCUAGAGACAGUGAUGCGGAAAGUGAUGCAGGAAAAAAGGAGAGCGAUGAUGAUUCCCGCCCUCCUCACCGCAAAAGGGAAGGCCCCAUAGGUGGGGAAAGUGACUCUGAAGAGGUGCGCAACAUUCGAUGCCUGACACCCACAAGGUCUUUUUAUCCAACACCAUCUGGGUGGCAGAAAAGCUUCACUGACAGGCAGCAGAUGAAGGACAUUCGCUCUGAAGCUGAGCGGCUGGGCAAGACAAUAGAUCGCCUAAUUUCUGACACGAGCACCAUCAUAACAGAGGCACGAAUUUAUGUAGCUAAUGGUGAUCUCUUUGGACUCAUGGAUGAGGAAGACGAUGGCAGCAGAAUACGUGAGCAUGAGCUUCUUUACCGCAUCAAUGCGCAGAUGAAGGCCUUCAGGAAAGAGCUCCAGGCUUUCAUUGACAGACUCGAAGUUCCAAAGUCUUCGGACGAUCGAAGUGCAGAUGAACCUUUGUCAGUGAGUCAGAUGUUCCAGCCUAUCAUUUUACUUAUUCUCAUCCUUGUAUUAUUUUCAUCCCUUUCAUACACAACAAUAUUUAAACUUGUCUUCCUUUUUACACUGUUUUUUGUACUGUAAGUCAUUCAUCAUUUACUGUUCAUUGUAGUGUUAUUUUCAGUUUGUUUAUUUUGUCCACCCUCCAAGAUAAGAAGUGAAAGAGACAUAGUUUUUGUAAUAGCCACUACUGUAAAAACACUGAAGACUACUUGUUUGCCAAAACCAAAAAAAAACCAAAAAAGCUGCAAAAACCAUACCAAAA